GGCCGCACCUUGCCAAGCAGUCGCCUCAGACCCUCACUGUUGAACUCCAUCUCCAGCCAGAACAGCGAGUCCGGUUCUGAGACCCCAAGCCCGGAAUCUCCUUCCGCACUGUCCUGGACGGCGGCUGCCGAGGACCAAACUUCCCGAGCGGUCCAAGGCCCCACCCCUUCCCAGACUCGAAAGUCCACCGAUGUCCAGCGCCCCAGGCUCAGCGAGGCUCCGCCCGGAGUCUCACCACCGCUCCUCCGCGAACCCUGAGCGCGUUCAGAAACGCGUGAGCGCCAAGGGAACCACGACCCAGCUUGCUGGAGGGAAACUUGGGGACAUCGGUGAAGACAGGAAUAGGAAGGACCCGAGGAGAAGCAGUAAAGGAGGAACAAUGUGGAAGGGAUAUAAGUAUCCCCCAGGAGGGACCCCGGUGGAAAUAAACACAGAUGAUCCUGGUGAAGUAAUGCAGCUCUGAAGCGUUCCUGGCCAGCUGUACUGUUCCUGUUGGUUUCACAUAAAGUAAUUGCAUACCAUGUUGUCACAUUUUAUGUAACAAGUUACCACACUUUUAAAGAUGAAUGAAGACUUGGUAUUCUGUUAGCUCAAAACAGGGAGAUGGAGGGUCGGGAGGUAGUUGGGUGGAUGGGAGUGAUUGGGUCCCCUCUGUUUCAUAGUCUGUAAGAGUGGGAUUAAGACUAAGAUACCUACUUCAAUUUGUCCCCUAUUCUGUACCCUUGAACAUAGAAAUCCUCUAGAGCUCUUUAGACCUAUUUCCCACAUAAUACCUUUCUCCUGGGUCCAAGGUCCAGGGUCCAGGCAGGGGUGAAAAAUGUAAACGUUACAGAAGGGGUUAGAGAUUGCAGCAACUUUAAGCCUAUUCUCUGAGGGUAUUUCUCUGUGGCCUUUUCACAGCUAUCAUUAAGCCCAAAGCUUACACCAUGUGGGGAAAGGACAUUUUCAUAUUGGGUGCUAGAUACUAAACUAUACAGUAUUUUAAUCCUUAGAGUAACCUCAGCCUCAUUUUACAAAAUGGUAAAAAUGAAGUCGAGAGGCUUAAGUACCUUACCAACCCACACAGUUCUCGGUAGCAGAGUCAAAAUUAAGGUCCAGGUCUUCUCUUUGGUGUGCUUUUACACGCCAAGGAAAGGAGCCAAGCAAGAGAGGCUGGGUUAUCCAAGACCUUGACUACCUCUUGGUUCAAGUCUUCCUCACCUGAAUAAACAAGAAGUUGCCUUUUCUUUUAGCAGUGACUGCUGCUGAUCUAGGCAGCAUGUGUAGAAACAAAAGCUAACUGCCCAGUCCUCAAUAUGAUGCAGUUUGAGUUCAUGAGACCAAGAAUGGGAACCUAAGUAUAAGACCCAUGCAAUUAAUUUGGGUGUCCAAGCCCUAGGAUAUUCCUAACAAGCCCUCUAAAAGUGGCUUGAGCUUUCUGACCCUAAAAGAAAGAAAGAAAACCUAACAAAUACAAAUACUUUUAAAAUAAAUUAUAUGGAACUGCUCCCAUUCUGUGGUUGCUUUGGGAUGACCAAUGGUUUCAUUGUUCAAAAGUACACACUUACCAACAAAGUAGAUCUUUUGGUUACACAGAAAGCAUAUUGUUGAUGACUAUUUGGUAUUUGUUUGCUGAAGUAUUUUUAAGUGCCUCUAUGCAGUGUAUGGAUUACUUUUUUUAAUAGAAAAAGUGAAUUCAAGAUUCAUAAGCAAAAAUUUAUAAUUUCUAAAUCUAGGAUACCAGCAUCUUUUAUGAUCCUUGUAUGACCUAGACUCAACACAUUCCAUUGAGUUAAGUGCCUACAUUCUCUGGCUGCAUGGCUGUGCCCACUUGCCUCAUAUAUUCCUAAGGACUCAUCUUCCCAGCCAUCUCAGGCUCUUUGUAUUAUAGGGGAUCAGAACCACUCAAUUUCUUGAAAAGAGGAACUAUAUACCCAGUUCUUCUUCUUCCCGUGUUCCCUGGCUAUACCUCCAAACAGUUCUCCUAACUUGGGUGUCUAAUACCAGAAUAGUUCUCUAAGCUGGUGGUGCAAGAGGGGAGAGGUGUCAGUGGCAGGGGCUGAGCAGAUGGGAAUGUGUAAGGGAGAAGGAACAGAGGUGUGUGUAAGGAGGUAAACCCCAUCUCUGAAGUCUGAUGAGUCUACUCCCCAUCUCUGAAGUCUGAUGAGUCUACUGGGGUUUCUAGCUGGAAUAAUGUUCAGGGUGAUGAAAUAAGGAAUAUGAGUUUUAGUAAAUAAAUGCAAACCAGUGAAAAUA